UGAGAGAUGAGAGUGAAGAAUAGAGAGACAGAAAGGAAUGAAUAGUUGAAAUUGAAAGAAAAAGGGAAUGGAAAGACAAAAGUUGCUUCACCAAAAGCAUGAAUCACAGUAUAAAUAAUGCAAAACAUUUAUAAUUUUUCUUCGUAGCGAUUUUCUCCCUCUCUCCAACUCGCUCUUGCUCACUCGCUCACUCGCUCCAUGACUCGGCGCCCACGAUCAUCUUCAUCUUCUUUCUCAACCAAGAAAUUCGACGUGUUCGAAUUCAAUGAAGAAGACCACAGCAUCGAGAAGGUCUCUAAGAGGAUUCUCCGCAAGUUCCAAAACCCUAGCAAGUCUCGCUCUUCCUCCAUCACCAAAUAUGAUUUCCUCCAAGCCUUUGCGAGCGGUUCAAAUUGCAGACCUGUAUCCAUUGACAUUACUGCCGAUCAUAUUGACCUCGAUGAUGAACAAGAAGAAGAAGUGACACGGUGCUCAGUGGAGAAACUUGCUGACCAACCGUUAGAGGUUGUUGAUGACGAUGAUGGCCGUGAACACGAUGAUGGUUAUGAUCGAGAAAAAAUUGAUACUCAGUCUUCGAUAGACACGCCGCUACCACUCUCUGCUGAUAAAGAGAUUUCCGGCUGCGGUGAUUUUGUUGAAAGCGAUUUUGACUGGAAAAACCAGUCACUUGGCGUGGCUUCAGAUGACGACGACGACGCUAGUCAAAUGAGUUCUUCUUCUACUUCGUCUUCAAAUCCACCUGAAGAUGAAGUUGACUUCAGAGACCAGCUAGUGGAGCAUGACGAUUCGGCUGCAUUUGUAAUUAAUGUCGAAGAAAAGGUGGUUGAUGUCAUCCCUGAUUUUAUUCAAUUCGAGGAUUUGUAUUCCACUAGGUCCCAGUUAACAUUCUCAUGCAACUCCUUGAAACUUGAAGGCUCAACAAGUAAUGGAACUAGGGAAACUCUUAAAAUUGAGUGGCCGACUGAAGAUAUCAUAAAAAUUGAAUCAUGUUGGUUUGAAAAUAUUGAAACAGCCUUGAUCAACCUUCUUCUCAAAUCAAAAGAUUAUAGUGAAGCUGGAAAUACAAAUCAAAAUCCAGUUUAUGCAGAUUUUAAGCUGUUAAAGUUUGCAGUCUAUGAUUCCUUUUGGUACAAGGCAGAAGAAGCAAUCAAACUAUUGGACACAAGAUAUACAGAUAUAUGGAGUACACUUUUUGACAUUAAUGUUGAUAACAGUGGAAAUAUUUCUGCAUUGGGGCAGCACUACUUUUUCUCUCAGAACCGCUAUUUCCCCAAUUUUGAUGAGGCUUUUGAUGAAGUUAUUUAUCCAAAGGGGGAGCCUGAUGCUGUUUCUAUUAGUAAGAGAGAUGUUGAGCUUUUACAGCCGCAGACAUUCAUUAAUGAUACCAUCAUUGACUUUUAUAUCAAGUAUUUGAAAAAUAAACUCCCUACUGAUGAACAGGACCGGUUUCACUUUUUCAAUAGCUUCUUCUUUCGCAAGCUGGCUGAUUUAGACAAAGAUCCAGCAAGUGCUUGUGAUGGUAGAGCAGCAUUUCAGCGUGUACGCAAAUGGACAAGGAAAGUGAACCUUUUUGAAAAGGAUUAUAUCUUGAUUCCCAUAAACUAUAGUUUUCACUGGAGUUUGAUCGCCAUUUGUCAUCCCGGUGAAGUGACAUGCUACCAAGGCAAGAUCUUUCCUUUCAGUUAUUCAUCUAUUGUUAUUCGCACAAUUUUACUAUUGUAUUUAUUUGAUUGUAUUGUAGAUGAAGAAAUGAACGAAUCUUCCAAAAUACCUUGCAUCUUGCACAUGGAUUCCCUACAAGGAACCCAUAAAGGUCUGAAGAAUAUUUUUCAAAGUUACCUCUGUGAAGAAUGGAAAGAGAGGCACGGUAAUGUGGUGGAUGAUGUUUCUUCAAAAUUUCUUCAUAUGAGAUUCAUCUCACUUGAGCUGCCUCAGCAGGAUAAUUUAUACGACUGUGGCCUCUUUUUGCUCCAUUACGUGGAACGUUUUCUGGAAGAAGCUCCUGUAAACUUUAACCCUUUUAUGAUUACGAAGUUCUCUGACUUUUUGAGCAGUAAUUGGUUCCCUCCACCAGAGGCUUCUCUGAAACGAUCUCACAUACAGAACCUAAUUUAUGAUAUAUUUGAAAAUAAUUCUUUGCAAGCACGUCCUACCGAUUGCCUUGACAAAGGUCUUCCUUCUGAAGACCCUGCCAUUGUUGUCCAGACGAAAGUGGAAGAAGAUUCCCUUACGGGUUGCAGCUAUUCAGAUUUAUGGUGUGUAAAAAGUCCUUUAAAUUCCUCUACUGAACUAGAGACUGCUGAUAUUCAGUAUCCAACGGCUUCACCCGGAAGAGUUUCACCGUGUAUGGGAGGACCUGCAGUUGUUUCCAAGGACUGGCGAGUAAUUUCACGUUCUGAUUGUCUGCAGAUGUCGGCAUGUCACAAGAGGGGCUUCUUGUCACCAUUAAAAGAAAUUGAUGAAUGUAGUGAGGAAACUGCUGUAUCAGUAGAGAGGGAGAAAUCCCAAUUGGUAUAUGAUUUUCCAUCCACAUCAUAUGUCAGAAAAGAUCACGGAGCAUCAGAAUCAUCGGAGCAUGGACUUUCUGUAAAUUUUAUGAAAGCUGUUGAUGACCAUUCUCUGUCAAGAACAUGUGCUAGAUUAUCCUCGUUCCCAUUGAAUACAAGUACUCAUGAAAACCAGCUUCUUAAGAAAAUUGACGAGUCAAAAGUUGAAGACAAGACAGUAGUUGAUUAUCCAUCGACCUCUGGUGAGGAGCUUACGGACUAUGUUGUUCCGGAUUCUCCAGCGGCAAAUGAUGCUGACAAGAGGAGUCUUGAAGAGGAUACGAUAGUUAACAAGGAAAAGGCAGUGACAUUUGAAUCUGAUGAAGAUGCCAAAAGGCCAAAUCCUAUGAAUGCAUACGUUAUUCCGGAUUCUCCGGAGGCAGACGAUGGGCAUGAUGCUGAUAUGAUUAUUAUCGUUGACUCUCCUUCCUCAUUCCGUGAAUAUGAACCAGAUGCCAAAAGGCCAAAGCUUAUGAACCAAGAUGGUGCUCCAAGGCGCAUGCUCACCAGAAGAAUGCUAAAAGGAGCUUGUGUGUUAUAGCCAACAUUAAACAAUAUUAAAUAUUUGAAAUGACGUAAGAGAGAAAUAGAUUACAAGGAAUCAGCAAAAUACUUUCGCCUCACCCUUGCACUAUAAAAAUGAUUAACACCGAUUUUUUUGUCAUCAUUUUGGUGGGACUGAUUUAAUUUAGACAAAGAUACUCAAAGUUGGUCCUUUUGUAAAGUAUACUAAAUGUUUCAAGGGAUCUUAAAACAGUUCA